AGUUGUGUUAAAAUCGAUAAGUUUAUCCACAAGCACAGAUAAAAAUCGCUUUAAAAAAUUAGUAUCAUUUAACACGAGAAAUAUUGGAGCAUAUUUGGAGUGGAGCCAAUCCUUAACAGCAGAAUUUUCUAAAUAUUUUCAGAAUGUAUACGAAAAUAUUAUCCAUAUUCUUACUUUACACAUUCACCUCAGUUCAUGCCCUGGAUAAUGGCUUAGCUUUAACGCCCCCUCUAGGAUGGAUGUCUUGGCAAAGAUUUAGGUGUAUCACUGACUGUGUUAACUAUCCCAACGACUGUAUCAGCGAUCAGCUGUUCCGUGAUACCGCUGAUCGAAUGGCAGAAGAUGGCUACUUAGAAGCUGGUUAUGAAUAUUUGAUUAUUGAUGACUGCUGGUUGGCCAAUGAAAGAGACAGCGAUGGUCGUCUUCAACCUAACGCAGACAGAUUUCCAAAUGGAAUUAAAGAUCUCGCCGACUAUAUCCAUUCCAAAGGAUUAAAGUUUGGAAUUUACGAAGAUAUAGGUACCAAUACCUGUGCCGGUUAUCCAGGAAUCAACGGACAAUAUGAAAUUGACGCCAAUACUUUUGCAGAAUGGGGCGUGGACUAUAUCAAAGUAGAUGGAUGCUACGAAGAUACUGAAGGAAUGGAAGACAAAUAUGCACAAUUUGGGGCUUAUCUGAAUCAAACUGAACGACCAAUUGUUUAUUCUUGUAGUUUUCCUGCCUACAAAGGACUGGAAGCCAACUACACUGCUGCAGUUGAAAUUUGCAAUCUUUGGAGAAAUUAUGGCGACAUUCAAGACCAAUGGGACGACGUGAAAAACAUCGCUAAUUGGUUUGCCACUAACCAAGGUUUUCUGAACAAAUUUGCAGGACCUGGGCAUUGGAACGACCCCGAUAUGUUGAUAAUUGGAGAUUAUGGUCUAAGCUAUGACGAGAGCAUUGCCCAAAUGACCAUUUGGACUGUUAUGGCCGCACCCUUACUCAUGUCGGUAGAUUUAAGAAAAAUAGAGCCAGAAUUCAGAGACAUUCUUCUAAAUUCUGAUGCUCUUAGUAUUAACCAGGACGCCUUAGGUAUUCCAGGACUCUUAGCUUGGAACAAUGGAAAUGUUCGCAUUUGGACCAAACCUAUUCUUCCUCAAGUUGAUGAUAAAAAUUCGUACGCUUUUGGUAUCGUUAAUUACGAGAAUGGUGGUAGUCCUCAUGUGGUCGAGUUCACUCUUGACGAGUUCGGCUUGGACAAUGCAGAUGGAUAUACAAUAAAAAAUGUUUUUGAACCAAGUGACCCCGUUACGGUAUCUGUUACUGAACCUAUUCGAAUUUCGGUUAAUCCUUCAGGUGCUGCUCUCCUUCAGGUAAACCCAGUAGCUCCAAGCCAUGCCACUUCUUUGUUAUGAAAAAUGAAAUAUUUGCCAAGUAAAUAUUAAAAAAAAUGUAUAAAAACAUUAAGAAUAUAUGAGAAAUUGCAA